CAGCGAAACAAGAACCACGACCUGUCAUAGGAUUCGUUCUAGGGAAGCUGAUGAAGCCAUGACGAGGUCCAAGACGAAAGCCAAGAAGAAGGCUCAACAGGCGCCGUCUCAGCCGCAACAACAGGUGUCAACGGAGGACGCCGUGUUAAGGAAUGGGAACGUGCAGCAACAUCAGCAGCAGUAUCGCAAUAGCACCGAUCAUAGUCAUAGCCAGAGUCAUUCAUCUGCACAUCCAUACGCUCAACCUCAUCAUCACCAUCAUCAACAUGUACAUGCUCAUGCGCAGAACGGGUUCCCUUCUCAGCCAAUUCCAUCUCAUCCGAAUUCCCAUUCCCACUCCCCAUCGACGCACACACCACAACCGGCACCUUCACAACCAGAACUCACAGAGGCGCAGAAGAAGAUGGUUCCCAUCUCCGACAAAGCUCUAGCUAUGCUCAACCACAUGCUAGGCAAUCGAGGAAUGAUGCAAAGGGAUCCAUCAACGGGAGCGAUCGACGUUGUGCUCAACACCGAGUUGUUCCCGAACUUGACGCUUCCGUUCCCAGCUCUCGAGAUCCCGAGCAAGGGGAGUGGAGAUCCAGAAGAAGACAUCAGAGAUGUUUUGCAAAAGGUUGCCGGGGGAGCUUUGGGCGGGAUUGUCGGGAUGCCAGGACCAGGAGUGGCAGGUCAGGGACAGGCUCAAAUGCAUGGACAAACGCAGCAGCAGCAACAGCAACAUGCUCAACAGGUCAUUGGGAAUGCCUUUGGAGCUGGGUUAGGGGUCGGUCCGGGUGGAAAGUUGCCGAACUUGGAGGAUCUAUUGAAGUUGCCGAUCUUCCAGACUGGAACAAACGAGAACACCCCAGCCUUGUCCAAAUACCUGUUCCAACCGCAUCCCUCAUCAUCGGCGCCUUACGCUACCGCUCAAGCACAGGCUCAUCAACAGCAGGCGGUCAAAGGCAAGAACCGGCAACAGCAACCGCAGAAUGCUUCUCCAUCCUCCAUCCCUCCAGGUCCGCAACCCCAGCUACCUGUUUCUGCCGGCACACCUUCAGCUCGCGGUGGUUCAACUGCUCCUAUGCAGCACGUUGAUGCCAGGUUACCUCCCUCGGGUCCGGUUGCUGCGGGUUCAGGAAGCAAUAGCAGCAGUACCGAGGAGACAACGCAUCACAUGUGUCCUCACUGUGACGAGAUGCACAGCGCGAGAGCGUACUCUGACGAGGAGUAUGACGAUGAUGACGAAGAGUACGACUCGUAUUACGCCUCGGAGGAGAGUUUCGAGUAUGAUGACGAGGAUGGCGAUUUGGAGGAGGAGGAAGGGUCCAACCCGGACGACGCCUCGCAUUUAUCAUUCGUUCCGGAGGAGGUAUCCGAUGAUGAUGACGAUGAUGAGGACGAGGACGAGGCUGGAGAGGGUGUGGACGGAGAGGUGGACACGUUUUCGAUUGGCGAGAUCGAGGAUGAGCUGGGUCCUGGAAGAGAGGACGAACGGGAAGAAGCAAGAGAGUUCUUCAGUCGGGUGUUUGGCAAGGGUAAAGAGAAACAGCGACAGAACGGUCCUCAACCCAUGUCCUCGCCUGGGGGCCCGCUGAAUGGACCUGGAGGUGACCCUCUGCAAGGCGGACCGCAGCCUCAUCAUGUCUGCGGACCCGAAUGCCGAGAACCCACUCCCCGACAACUCUCGGAGGCUAGACUGCAAAAGGAACUCUUUUUCGAAAAGAUGAAAGUCGCUUUCAUGUAUGACGGAUGGCCGGAAGAGCUUCUCAAGAAGAAAUGGUCCGAACUGACGGAUCAAGAGCGGGAAUAUAUACGGCGGACGGUCCUGGCGAGAGCGACGGACGGACCAAUAUGCGAGGACGAGAAGAGUAAAGCGAGGUUGAUGAAGAAGGGUUGGCCAGAGUCGGCCCUGAGCAAGCGUUGGUCCGAAUUGACGGAUACGGAGCGCAAGAGGAUCUUGCAGGUGGAAGCGGGGCCGCCAGGGCAAGACGAUGGUGCAGGCGGGCGGCAAAUACCAAGGGAGACGGCACCGCCGCAUGUCAACGGUGCUUCGCCAGCGGUUCCACCACCUCAGAUGCCCGGCGGUUGGACGCCAGGCGCAGGAGGCGGUGCUGGGGGUGGUCAACCGGAUCCAGUCCUGCUCAGCGUUGGUGGAACGUUGGUGGAAGAUGCUCACCGCGCCGAUGCCGACGCACUGCGUGAGGCCAUCAUGCAGUAUGGCAGCGUCAUCGGACCCUACACCUCGGCCAAUGGGGGCGACAAGAUGGCGUUCCCAGAGAUCACUGGUCCCAACGGCCAGGCUCCUGCGCUAGACGAACCUACCAAAGCCGAGGUCCGCAAGAAGCUCGCCCGGUUCCAUGCCAAGGCGACCGAGACGGCGAAAUGGAUAAUGAGCCACCUGGAGACGUCUUCCGGGAUCGACCCUUACUUGCGAGGAUCGCUCGAAGAGGCCAAACAGGUGUUUGAGGAUUUCAGGACCAAUUUCAAGGUACCCGACUUCUUGCAAGAGCAGAUGGACGUCGCGACGAUCAUGUACGAUGAUCUGAACGGGACCAACCUCGCAGCGCUGCCUCCAGGUCCGCACGACAUGCGCAACAUGAAUAUAAUGGCAGAAAUGGCAGAGGAAACGCCGCCUAAUACCAACGGGACGGGGGACGGCAAAAAGAAGAAGAAGAAGCAGAAGAAGAAGAAGAAGCGAAAGAGCGGAGCUACUGGGCAACAACAGGGUCAGGGCGAGGAAGGGAACGAUGACCAUGAAGGGUCGGAGGCGGAGGAGGAGGCGGGUCCGGAGAGUGCGUCUGUUUUGGACAACCCGGAGACCUUAGACUGGGCCUGUAACGAGCUCUUCCAGUGGAUUAAAUCCGUCGUCUGGUCCAUCGAACAAGACGCCAUCCGGGCCGGUCGCGCUGCUGCCGUCUCCAAAUCCAACUCGAACAAGAAGAACAAGGGCGGUAACAAGAAGGCUCAAGACGACCCCGCUCGGAACCCCAUCCAGAUCACAUGGAACUUGCCGGAACAGCCGGGCAUCAAGAAUGAACAGACCAAGGGAUCUGGGAAAGGCCAGCAGAACGCCGGGGUGACGACCAUAACUUAUACGCCUACGCCCGCUCCGGAUGCCGAACAGCUCAGGGCGAGGUUGAGGAGCGUCGGGGUCGAGGUCGGACCCGCUUGAUCAUGUACACAGCUCUCUGCGUUACUUCAUCCGCCAGAUAUGAGCCCGAGCUCUGGCCCACUUGUCACAAGAGUGCACGUAGACUCUUUCUGGUCAUCCCUGCCGAUGCUUGUAGGCCAGGACGCUGGCACGAGCACCUCCUUUAUGCAUUGUCACAAACGCUGUUAUUCCCUUCGUGUCGUCACUUGCUUACUUGAGUAUCUAUUUCCGCGUCGCCCCGGCGAUGAGCAAUCGUCAUCAUGCAGCUUCGAGCUUGCAGCAUGUAGCUCAUCACGCC